AUGUCGAACCGUGGCAGUCAUGAUGAAGGCCAAGAGGCCGAAGCUUACUUUAGAGACACGAAUGAUAUGGAGGUUUUGGUCAAGACUCCAACUAUUGAAGGUACUAUAGCGACAAAGCCAUCCAAAACUCAAGACCUCACGCCCACAUCCAAUCAGAACUCGCCUGUAGAUGUAUCCGUGGUCACAGAGGACACGGAAUUGACUGGAAGCGAGGAUCUUGAAGUUAAAGAACAAGACGUAGGUACUCAGACGAAGUGUCCUGCCUUGGUGAAACCCAAUGAUGAUGUGUGUGACGAGGCAAAUCACAAUGUAUCAGAUUUCGAUGAUUUAGUUCUCGAAAUAGGGGGGGAAUUGGCUGGUAUGAAUAGUAAACUGAAUCUGAUUGAGAAGCAGAUUAGGUUGAAUGCUUCACAAGCUUUAAAGCCACAACAACAUGUUGAGGGUAAUUCAAAUCUGCUUUUGGGACAAGCAAUCAAAGAUAUUCACGUACUUCAGUCUAGGUAUGAACAAUUGGAAGUGGAAAUGAUAGAUUUGAAUCAAGAGGUGUAUUCAGCUCAUCACCAGAUCAAGAUACAAGAGAGGGUGAUCCGAAAGCUUAUGGGACCUCAUAAUGACGACCUUAUGGAACAGUAUGAUGAUGACUCAGAUGAUGCGAAACCAGAUCAAACUGUCCAACCGCAAACAGACUCCUGA